UGUUGGACUGACCAGUAUCUAGGCUAGACUGAGUUCAGUGGCAGAGAGGAGACAACCAAAAUAGCUCAUCGAGGCCCAAAUUUAUUUAUCCCCCGCCUCGGAAUUUGGCUUAUGUCGGCGGUGGUUGACAAAUCUAAGAAAUGAGGGCUUUAGGGAUUUAUCUGAAUUUCACAUUUCCACGUAUUGCUGAAUUUCCUCCCCACCUCAAAUACUGACAGUAGCAGCAGCAGCAAGCAAGCAGCAGCAGCCAGGAGCGGAGUCCUGCUGUCCCGUGGAAUUAUCACGGUACCGAGGCGAGAUACGCAUGGAACAUGGCUGCGAUGAGGACUUUAACCGUGGCAGGUCUCUUUUUGGCUUUUUGCGCUUUGGGGCUGAUAGCAGUGGCGAUCAGCACUGACAACUGGUACGAGACUGACGCCAGGAGGCACCGGGAACGCUGCAAGAAUUAUUCAAACAAAAGAAACGACCCCGGCUACAUUUACAUCUCCAACAACAACCUUCCGCUUCGCAUGUUGCCAAAGGAGAGAAAUGUGGAGAGGCGGAGCGGCGAAACGCUGCUGCGGGCUAAGCGGCACUUCUUGCCUCCUGCCCCGGCCAUGGAGUCCCUCUGCAGUCGGCAAUUCAACUCCACCAUGACCGGACUGUGGAAAAAGUGCCACCGAGAGGGGUUUGACUUGGAGACAGAGGAUUUGAUCUUCAAAGGAUUGGUUCCGCGCUGCACACCAAUAAAAUACUACUACUCAUCAUCAGCGUUGCCCAGAAAUCUGCCAAUCAAUCUGACGAAGACAAUAAGGCAGGAUGAGUGGCACGCGCUCCACCUGCAGAGGAUGACUGCCAGCUUCAUAGGCAUGGCUGUAUCCAUCAUCCUGUUCGGCUGGUUCAUAGGCGUGCUGGGCUGCUGCAAGGAGCAUGAUCUGAUGCAGUAUGUGGCUGGACUUCUUUUCCUCAUGGGAGGGACAUGCUGCAUUAUCUCCCUCUGCACAUGUGUGGCUGGAAUCAACUUUGAACUGUCCCGCUAUCCUCGCUACAUGUUUGGAAUACCAGAGGACAUCAGUCAUGGUUAUGGCUGGUCCAUGUUUUGCGCUUGGGGUGGACUUGGGCUGACGUUGCUGGCUGGCUUCCUGUGUACACUCGCUCCUUCCCUCUACCCUCCACACACCCCUGUGGUGCACAAGCCAAGGCAGGAGAACGGCUGUGUGUGACAGGCCGCCGCACAUCUAACAGACACCUGUCUCAUCCUGAAACAGUGACGAGCCCUGCUCCACAGACAGUUAUACCCAGGGACUCAGAGCAGAGAGAGCCUUCACACAGCUUGGCACAGAGAAAGCACAGGACACUGGCUCUCGCUCACAUGAAAAAUGAAAAAAAAAGAGGUGACAUUUGACUGAAGACGGUUUCAGUUCCUCUGGUGCUUUUUCCCCCCGUCCCUCUUUAUGAAUGAACUGUUCAGUGUUAAUUGCUUGCUCUUCAAGAGGAGAAUAGUUAUACAAAUUUUCUUCCUGUAAAAUCUGCUAGUCUGAGAAGAAGAAAAAAAAAGAGAAAAAGAAAACACUGGCAGAAGAUCAAUAGCACAACUUUGAAAUCUGUAUUGAAGAUCGAACUAUGGAUGUGUACGUCACAUUUCAAAGGGCAACUGUGUAACAUUAUGUACCCAUUCAAAACAAAAUAUGUACAUGUACUUUUUGACUCGUAUGUAUGCAGAUGCAUUUGUGUUUAUUCAAGGAAAAAUAUGAGCAUUAAGACCAAACUGUGUUUAGGGGAAAUGUUUUGUUGUUCUUGAGGUCUUACCCCCAUCAAAAUAUUUUUGAGAAAUAAAACAGCCUUGCAAAAGAAAAUCUCUUCUGUCUGUGUAAGACGCUGCACAGACGCCAUGUAAA